CCAUUCCAUCCUCCAUUCAGGCAUCCACAAAAGAACACGUGAAAGGCACUGUGGGCAAUAAUGGCUAUGCUCCAGCCAGCGUUAGCGUUACCCUUCCUCCUGCUGCUGCUCACCGCCGCGGCGGCUGGGCUGCCCGGCGGCCGGACGCUGGUCUUCAUCCUGGCCGGGCAGUCCAACAUGAGCGGCCGUGGUGGCGCCACCAACGGCACCUGGGACGGCAUUGUCCCGCCGGAGUGCGCGCCCUCGGGGCGCAUCCUCCGCCUCUCCCCCGCGCUCCGCUGGGAGGAGGCGCGUGAGCCGCUGCACGACGGCAUCGACGUGGGCAACGUCGUCGGCAUCGGGCCCGGGAUGCCCUUCGCGCACGCCGUGCUGGCCGCCACCAGCAGCGGCAGCGACUCCGUCGUCGUCGGGCUCGUGCCGUGCGCGCAGGGCGGCACCCCCAUCGCCAACUGGACCCGGGGAACGGAGCUGUACGAGCGGAUGGUGACGCGCGCCAGGGCGGCCGUGGCUGAGUGCAGCGGACGCGGGGAGCUCGCCGGCGUGCUCUGGUUCCAGGGGGAGGCUGACACCAUGAGGCGCGAGGAUGCCGAGCUCUACCGGCGGCGGAUGGAGACUCUCGUGCAUGACGUUCGCCGCGACCUCGGCCGGCCCGAUCUCCUCGUCAUCCAGGUCGGGAUUGCAACUGCGCAGUACAACGGGAAGUUCCUCGACGUCGUCAGGGAAGCUCAAAAGGCAGUCACACUCCCAAAUGUCAAGUACGUUGAUGCCAUGGGGCUGCCCAUUGCGAGCGAUCACACACAUCUUACCAUGGAGGCUCAAAUCCAGCUCGGCAACAAGCUAGCCAAGUCGUACUUAGGAACGCUGCAAUAAUAAUUUUCAAACAAACAAACACGUCGUUUCUAUAUAUGCCUGCCCAAAUAAGGCAAGCUCAUUGUCCUCAUUAGGAAACGGACAGAGCAAAUGAACAGCUACAUGCAUUGGAUGAUGCAGAAGCUGAGAUAUUAAUAUAUUCUCUUUUUUUUAAAAAAGCAAUAUGUAUACUCAAAAUAUGAAUUUACAUGCUAUUCAAACCGCCAUCGUGUUAAAUGGUUA